CAAGGCGAAACUCCUGCGAUUUUUGAAGUUGGUUGUGCUGUUGUUGAAGCAGAUCAGAAAUCCUCCGCAUUUCCUCAUCACACCAAAACCUCCUUGAUUCAAUCUCUCUCUCUCUCUCUCUAUUGCACACGACGACAUGAGCAUGAUGAAGAAAAGGCCUCAUAGAGAUGAGCUGAUCGGCCUUCAGAUUCUACACGGCCUCGUAUUCCGCCACCACAGCCGCCGACGCCGCCGUUUUCCUCUCUUCUCCGCACUCUCCGGCUGCCUCCUCCUCCUCCUCUUCGCCGUCGUCUUGUUCCUCUCACCUCCGAUCUUCGACCAUACCGGCCACCACCACCGCCUCAUUCUCGAUACAUCGUUCAAUAACAGAGUCGGAAUCCAAAUUAAUGCUGAGAAAGAGAACGUUUUCCGCGUUCCGAGGAGUGGAGGAAUCAUAGGGCGCGAUGUGUGGACUUCAAAUCAAUCGAAUUUAUUUUGCGGGUGCAGCAAUGCGAGCAACGACUUUCGACCUGCGACGAUGAAAACUGAACCUCGUAGAUAUCUGUUGAUCGCAACUAGCGGAGGCUUAAAUCAGCAGAGAACAGGGAUAGUAGAUGCUGUUGUUGCAGCGUACAUCUUGAACGCGACCCUCGUUGUUCCUAAGCUGGAUCAAAAGUCUUUCUGGAAGGACGCAAGCAACUUCUCUGAGAUCUUCAAUGUCGGCUGGUUCAUCAAGUCUCUCGCCAAAGAUGUUAAAAUUGUAGCACAGCUUCCAGAAACAGCAGGGAGAAUCAUAACCACCCGUUCUCCGAGGAAAUGCAAUAAGAAAUGCUAUGAGACGCGAAUUGUCCCCAUCUAUCAGAGGAAGCGAGUACAGGCAGUUCAGCUUACAAAGUUCGACUAUAGGCUCUCAAAUCGGCUUGAUAUGGAUCUGCAGAAGCUAAGAUGCCGUGGUAACUACCAUGCCUUGAGAUUCACUGCUCCCAUUCUUGAUAUGGGUAUGAAGUUGUCCCAAAGGAUGAGAGCGAAAAGCAACCAUUAUGUCGCGUUGCAUUUGAGAUUUGAACCUGAUAUGUUAGCUUUCUCCGGCUGCUACUAUGGGGGUGGAGUGAAAGAGACAAAAGAGCUGGCUUCAAUACGAAAGAGGUGGAAAACGCUGCAUACAAAGAAUCCCGAGAAAGAACGAAGGCAUGGGAAAUGCCCUCUAACUCCUGAGGAAGUCGGGCUGAUGCUGAGGGCAUUAGGCUUUGGCAAUGAUGUUCAUAUAUACGUAGCAUCAGGAGAAGUAUACGGAGGCGAGGAAACACUGGCGCCUCUCAAAGCCCUCUUCCCCAACAUCCACACUAAAGAGACUCUUGCUAGCAAAGAGGAGCUUGCUGAGUUCCAGUCCUAUUCUUCACGAAUGGCUGCGUUGGAUUUCAUUGUUUGUGACGAGAGCGAUGUUUUUGUUGCCAACAACAAUGGAAAUAUGGCAAAGAUUCUUGCUGGGAAGAGGAGAUACUCUGGUCACAAGCCAACAAUUAGGCCUAAUGCCAAGAAGCUCUACCGGCUGUUCAAUGUUCGACACAACAUGACAUGGAACGACUUCGCCUCACAUAUUCGGACAUCCCAAGUUGGUUUCAUGGGAGAGCCAAAUGAGGUGAAGUCAGGGCGGGGCGAGUUCCACGAACACCCUUUACCCUGCAUAUGUCAGAAACGUGGGGAUUCAACAAGAAACGUGGUGGAUAGAAACAACGAAUCAAACAAGGAAGAUGAGGAGCAAUAUCUGUCUGAAACAGAAUAUGCAGAGGAAGAUAGAGUGGUGCCUAACAUGAGAGAUUCUGGUUUAAGAAGCAGUGAUCAGCCAGAAUUAGAUGAGAUUCUAUCAGAGUAGAUGUAGUGUAGAUAGAUAAUAGCAAUUGAUCAACAACAAAUUUUGGUCUUGAUUAGACAGUGAAAAUAAACCAUAAAUAUGUGACUAGGUAGGGCAGCAACAACUUUGUACAUAGAACAUUUUUUGAAAAAGAAUGAAG